AGAAGUUAAUUUUAAAAAAUUAAUCAUUUAACUAGUUUCUUGAGCUAUAUCGUUUUUGUUUGGAAAGUGAACGAUUAGAGAGAAAAAAGGUUAACUUUUUACAUUGUUUUGAAAAACUUUUCCUCGAUUUUUUGAACCUUUUGACCAAUUUUAGUUCAACUAGGGUCUUUGUACUUGCAGAAAGGCUUUAAUAUAUAUUCGCAUUAAUAAAAAAAACAACUUAAAUGUAUUCAAAAUAUUUCCCAAUUGAUUUCUUUGCUCCCACAGCCCCGUUCCCUUUCAAGUCAUGUAACAUGUGAAGACUAUGACUUCAUUUCUAUAUUUAGCUCUGACAUCAUUUAACAUUUGCACCUUGAAAAAUAAUAUCAGAAUAUAUAUUAAUUCGUUUGGAAAGAAGGGAAAACCCCUAAUUAAAAUAGGCAGGUUUAGGCUAUUAAGCAGCUAAUAACAUAGACAUUAUUUCAACAGACGGUUAUCCUUUGAAAAGUUGCUGAAAUUUGUGAUUUUCUUUUUCCAGCUGGGUUGACAGGGCUGUUGGCGAGAGAUGCCAAUGGCCUUCGAAGAUGUUCUUCGGCAUUCUUAAGACUCGUGUCUCGCGAGACGUCCAACCAUGUCUGUAAAAUGUAUGCGGGAUGAUAUGCGCGAGGGGACGGCCUGCGCGUGACACCGUCGCGUUUCCUUUGGUCAAAUGUCUAUCCAGAGGGCUAAAAGCCUCGUCUCCAGAGGAUACCCGAGAACACGAAGAUACACACGAACAUCCAGGGAGUUGAUCUCAACAUGGAUAAAAAAGGUUGGGCCCAUAGAGAAAAACAUUCCGCCAGAAAAUGUACAAGCAUUACUUAACGACAUACGCUUAUUUCCGUCGUCGAAUGUGCAAGUCAGAGAAAUGCUCGAGUGUGCGAAGGAGGUCUCUGACAGAAGGCCACACAUCACAGAAUUUUAUAAUUUUACAUCACAAAUCAGACGUUCCCAUGAUAGGGGGAACCUUCACCAACUGAACAAAAAUGGUGAUCAGAAAAAGAGAAGACCUCGGAAAAUGUCAAAAUAUGUCUCUCCACAUGAUGUAUUCCUUGGAGGUUCGUGCAAUCCUACAACUUGGCGUCAUGAUGUAGCGAUACCACUAUUGGAAUCGCUCAACAUAACUUAUUACAAUCCACAAGUCUCAGAAUGGAGGGCGGAACUCGUCGAAGUCGAACACAAGGCGAAAGAAAGUGCCAAAGUUCUAUUUUUUGUUCUCGACAAGUGCACGAGGAAUGUCGUUGGCAUCAUCGAAGCGGCACAUUUCGCAGGCAGCCGCCGUCCCCUUGUUCUCGUCGCUGACAACUACACGGCUGACCAACCAGUAGGCGGUGAAGCAAUAUCACACACUGAGUACGAGGAGCUUUGCAGUGGUUUAGCCACAUUAAGAGAUCUUUUAGAGCUUCAAGGAAUACCGGUGUUCAAUAAUAUUCCAUCUGCCAUAAAUUGGACUUCAAAGAUUUUGAAUGAAUACAAAACUAUUCCACAACGCAACAAUUUAAAAAAUUCUUUAUUUUCUGAAGACACAAUAAGAAUAAGAAAACUGAGGGAAAUUUUUGAAGAUUUAGAGCCAAAUGGGAGAGGAGAAAUUAAUCUUAGUGACUUUUAUCUUGCCUACCAAAAGCAGGCUUUGCUAGCGAAAAAGCAUUCUUUGAUAGAUCUGAGAAGUCAUUUGUCUUCGUCGAAAGAUGUGAAUCCUGAAGGAGUAAAAAUAAAUUUUGACCAGUUCUGCUCUAUAGUGAGAGAUCUUAAAAGCACAUCAAAGUCCAGAAACGGAACGAAUGAAAAGCUAAGUGUGUGUUGUAAGUCAAGAAGUCGUUCACGUAUAAUAGAAGAUAAGCGUUACGACAUUUAUGUUGGUGGCUCUUGCCUUGAUCUUGAUUGGAAAAAUAAUAUCGCAAUUCCUCUUCUCAAUAAAAGUGGAUUGAGGUACAUAACAGCAGACAAGGAGAUACUCAAUGUCAGUGGAGCAACACCGAAUGAAGCAAGCAAGAUGGAAAGCAGCAACUUGCUUUUAUUUGUUAUAACAAGUAGCAGUCGGAGUCUAGAAACAAUGGCAUUGGCUUCUUACUACAUUGGGGCCAGACGAAAUGUUAUACUUUGUAUUCAACGCCUUCAUGAUUCAGAUUUGAUCAACGGAGAAAAAAUGUCGACGUCUGCACUGAGCGACUACAACCGCGGAAGAGUUUAUCUGAGAGAUAUGGCUCUCAGGAACGGCAUCGAGGUGUAUGAAAGCGUAUCAGAAACCGUCCAGAAAGCAAUUGAAAAGUGCACAAGCAGGGGAAGCAGUACUUUAUAAUAUAUAUUUUUUAAUUUACCUCUAUGAUAAAAACAUCACAAAAAAUUGUGAUAACUUGAAUAAUUUUAAGAAGUAAACACGGUGUAAAAUUGAUUAAGCUGUGAAAUUUUUAUUACAAGAACUUUUUAUAUCUUCAAUGCAUGGCUUUCCAAAACAAGAAAAAGUUGCGCUUUAAUCAAGCCUUUAAAUAAGAAAUCUCAUUUGAAAUAUGUAUAUUUUUUUAUUGUUCAUUAACAGUUUUUUGUUUAAUUUUUUAAAUGACCAAGACAUGCUGUAUCAUGUUUCAAUUAAAGCUUUUAUUUUACUUAUAUGUAAUAUCAAACUUAAAAAUUCUAAAAUAUUUAGUUUUGGUAUAACAUAAGCAUAAAAAUUAAUUAACGUUUCUAAAAAAAUAAAAAAUUAAAAAAAGCACUGAUAGACAUUUUGUUUCCAUUUGUAGGAUUAUUACUAAAACAUCACAUUGUAAAUAAGGGCAGGAAAUUAGAAUAGUGCACCUAUUGCAUGAUAAAGAUUUUUUUUUUUUUUUUUAAGUAUAAAGGAAAAGUUGGAAUGAAAAGAAGGAUCAAAGGAUGCUGAAUUUUAAAAAGAUUUUUUUCAGUUAAAAAUGUAAUGAAAGACCAGUUAAGUACCUGAAAUAUUAUAAUGAAGAUUGCUUAUGUUGUGUUUGUUUUUGCAAAAGGUUGUAACAAUAAAUUUAAAACUUAAAAAACGAGCUAAGAUGAUAAAACUAAUUGUUAAUUUAUCCCAACAAACUUAGAUUGUAAAAGUCUAAUAAUACUCAUAAUUUUAAGUAUCUUGAUAUAAUAAUUUAGAAUUUUUAUAAAAUUAAUUUUGAAAAAAAAACUAAAGAAAAUACUAAAGUUUCUAACUAAUGUACUUAAAUGUUUUGCAUUUACAUAUUGUGUAUAUUUUCUCAGCCGAUUGUAUUGUACGAUUUAUGUAAAUCAUUGUAGGUAAAGGCGCUAAUUUUUUUUUCUUUUUCUUUUUUUACUUGUGAAUUGUAUUGUUUCAUUUUUUCUCUCAUUGUCUCACUCAAAUUAUGUUUCUGUUUGAAUGUUAGAAAUUAUAAGUUCUGCAUUUUGUUUUAACAGUUAAAGAAUAAAAAAUAUAAACAUUUU